AUGACCAAAAUGGCAGGCCUUUUCCGGCCCAAGAAGCUUGAUCUCUCCGGAUUUGUCAACACCCGCUUGAUUCGGGACAACAACAAGCGCAUGGCCUUCGAGCAGACUGAACCCGAACGACAAGCUCUCCGCUACAUGAUCCGCAACACCUCUCUCUCUGGCCGUGUCCGCGCGCAGGCUCAGCUCCAAUUGUCGCAGAUGCACGCCUACACUCGCCCCACCCAGAUCAAGAACCGUUGUGUGGCAUCAGGCACUGCCCGCAGUGUCUUCCGCGAUUUCAGAAUCAACAGAUACCAAUUCCGUAUGCAGGCUCUCGCUGGUGAGCUUCCCGGCGUGAGGAAGGCCAGUUGCUUUGCCAUCAUGAAUGGUGUUCCGAGAGACCUCCUCCCCGAUGACAUCGUCUUCGCAGAAGACCUGCAGGGGCUUGGAUUCGUCAUCACCAAAGAUGACAAGAUCCGUUACAUCGUCGCCCCGGACCAGGGCCCUCGUUACAAGGUCAACCGAAGUGACCGCAUCAACAAGGUCCACAUUGAGGCCCUCCAUAAGGCGAUCCGCACCAGCAUCACCGACCGACUCCUGGGAAUGGGCAUGCAGUUCAUGAAGAUCCCAAAGGGCAGCAAGCAGCAGGUCCCCAUCAUGGUGUCGAGCAACAUGACCACUGCACCUCGAGUUGUUGUUUUCUGCGGCGAGGUUGUCGAAGACCUGGGCAUCUUCUCAUACCGUGACGCUUGCGACGACGGCAUUUCUUUCGGUUCGAUCCUGGGCUUUGCAAAGGGCCUGCUCGGUGAGAAUGCUCAAGGUUCGCCCAAUGCUCUCAUCCUCGCGAACCCUGGCCACACCGUCUGGUACAAUGCAGGUUGGUUCGCGAUGACCCCAGACAGUGUUCAAGGUCAACACCGCACUUCUGCUGUGGAGCGCAAGCGUCCACUGAGUGUUCGAAACACGGUUGGCUCCAUCGGUGAGCAUGUCCAGAAUAUCUUCGAACAAGUGUUGAUGCGUGGCAACUUCCGAGUCGGUGCCAGAAUCGACGUCAUCGGCCUGUCUGAGGGCGGCCAUGCUGCCAUGACAUACCUGAAGAAUCAAUGGAGUUUCUGGUCGCCCCACAUCUCCUCCCUCUCCCUGAUCAACCCUGAGACAAUUCUUGACACAAGCACCAAGACUGAUGACCUGAAGGAUCCGGAGUCAUUUGCCUGGUUCAUGAAAUACCGUUGCCGUGGUUGGAUCAUCUGUGAUAAGCCGAUUGGCACACGUGUGCCCGAUCUUAACCUCCCUCAUGGCUACAACACGUACUCCUCCGGUGAAGGCACGAAGUCAGCAUGCAUGAUCACUCGUGGUGUGGCACACAUCUUAACCUGGAUGAAGAUCAUGCAUUACUCUCCAAUGGCGAUGGAGAACUUUGAUGUGGUCCCUGGCAAGACCGAUUCUGGCAACAAUGAUAUUCUCACAUCAUCGAUCAACGACAUUCCGGAAGUCCCUGGCGGCAAGAUUGAAGUGCAUAGCCUAGAUGUUAUGAACCAGAUGAAGGGCUUCCUGGCCGGUAUCACGUUCACCAAGGAAAUGGUUACCUUUUUCAAUGACAACUUGCACCCUAGUGAUGAAAAAGACAACGAAAGUGACGACAGCAGCGACUGUUCGUCCUUUGACAGAGUUGAGAACGAGGAUGAGAUUGAUGCUCUUCCUGACGUUCCUAAGGUUCUUCCGGACGCUUCUCUUGACGGUUCUCGUGAUGCUCUUUCCGUCCCUGGCGUGCUUCCAGACGCUCCUCUUGAUUCUUCUUCUAACAUCCUUCCUAAUGCAUCUCCUGCCGUUUCUAACGUUGCUCCUGAUGGUCCCAAUGUUCUUUCCGACGCUUUUGCCAAUGCUCUUUCUGUUCCGGAAACUUCAACUCACUACGACGACGUAAUCGUCAGCAAGACUGACCCGUUUGACCUCAAAGAUCUGCAAGAUAUCCGAGAGGACGACGAAGAAGAGUAA